CGGGCCGACCACUCUCGUAACGAGCGAGGACGCGCAAUCCUUUCAUGUUGUGCGAGAAAGGGGCUGGUUCGUUAAGCUCGUAGCGAGCUGGCCAACAUUGGCCGCCCGAUGCAUACUCUGCCCCUGUUCCAGGUCCUCUUCAAUGGCGUAAAUCUCGUCUACGUACCUUCGUUUCCAAGGAAAUGGAUUUGUCUUCCCUAAAUUCCCUCCUACUGUACUUGCAUCAGUCUGGAUGCUAAACUGGUUCAAUUCCCGGAAGGCUAGCGGGCGCCGUAUUCUGAAACGAAGCUUCCCAACUCUAUCUAAGCUGUAGCAGGACAUUCUCAGUGAUUCCAGAUUGCGAGUAGGGGUUUCUGAAGAUCUUCUUCCGACAUUCUCGACGGACUGCAGUAGUGCACGGCUCAGCUGAACCCGAAACACCAACCUUAUUGGCAACCGGACAUGUCGCAUCAGAGGAGUUGUCGGUCAGAAAAGACACGGAUCGUUGUUGUUAUGCGUUGGAACGUCGACUCGUACGGAAUGGAAUCUUCCAAGAUGGCUAUGGUUACACUUUUUCAGGUCCCCAGUUCCAGGAGGCGAAGCAGCUGUCAUCGUCGCUGGGGGGUCGGGUAAUCCCAUUAUUACUGGGGCCUGGGCGGUUGGGCCGUGGGCGUGGGAAACGGGUCGAUCAUAUUACCUAAAAUAGAGCUGUUUGACCGGAUUCGGUUGUCCGAUCAUCGAGUUGCUCCAUUUAUUUAUAUGUUCCUCCCCAAAUAAUCAUAGCCUCUCCGCCUGCCGGUAUCCUCCCCUAACCUCCCAAUGUCCUCGAAGCGCGGUCGCAAGCGAAAUGAUAAUCUUCCCCCAAACCGUGCCAGGGAUGUCCAACGUGCUUUUCGCGCAAGGCGCGCUGCUCAUCUACAGGCCCUAGAACAGAGAGUCUCCGAGCUGGAAGAAGAGAACGACUGUCUGCGACAGGCUUUAAACCUUCCUGUUGCCAACCGACCGCCACUGGGCAAAGGUCCAACUGGAAAGGACAAGCCAAAACAUACAGAGCCGUCGGCAAUGACCCACCAUGUUCUUCCUCUAUCUCUUCAUUCCCGCGACUCCUCAGCCUCCCCUCCGUCGACCCGUAUAAGUUCUCACUCGCCUCCCAAUAGCUUGAAUCGAGCAGUCGGAUCUGUCGAGGCCUCACAAGUUGAUGAUAGCGUCUGGGAUCAAACUAUCACCAUGAGUGAUUCCGAACUUCCCAGCUCGUCUGCUUCGUCAUCGUACCCGCUUCCUCCACCUCCCCCUGGCAUGUCCUCGAAAUCUCAUCCGUUCCAUCCAUUUUCAAACGGCUUAGCACCGUCACCCUUACAAUCCACAUCUCGGGCAAGCCCCGUGUAUAUCAAUUCGAACCCAAACUACUCUCCUCCAACUGAAAGGUCUCUUGCGAGCAGCUACAACACUCCCAAUUACAGCAUCAGGGGCGACGUUUCUUCACGAACUCACUUUUCAUACACCGCACCCUAUCAUCCACAAGAACACCACACCUCUUUUGCGAUCGGCUCUGGCGUCCAUUCCCCGACACUACCAUCCACACCAGACCCAAAUCGACGGUCCGUGACGGAGGCCCAGCAACCCUAUACCAUUAACCAGGUCUUCCCCCACCUAUCCACUCCAACUAUGCCUCAUCAAGCCCAUCAAGGCAUUCGGCUUCCCUCCCCCCCUCGCCUGCAAGAGAGCCAUGGUGCUCAUUCGUCUGCCCAGGAUCUUGAUACCGAUGGGAGAGGCAAUUCCAUGACAUGAAAGUCCUGUACGACUCCGUACUGACUUUUACGCCAUCCUUUAAAUUAUUGUACACUUGUUUCGUUUCUUCCUUGGACUGCUGUUGAUGAACUUCCGAUAUCCUAGUCUUACAACUUCAUGGCCGACACUUCUCAAAUACCCAAUCAAUUGUCUUCACGCGAUUUACAUGGUAUGACCUCCUCCGACGUCGUCUGAGAUGUACAACACCUCUAUACAACCAUUAUACGAGAUAAUAUACCUUACGUAGUACAUCACCUAUUCUCCAGCGUAUCCAAACCUUUUUGCUUGCUC